AUGAAGACUGUGCAGAUUCUUUCGAUUGCGGCCGUCGUGCCGAUGAUGGCCGAGGCGUAUGUAUCUCGCAGUGCCUUUGUGGGACGACCAGCGUUGGUCUCUCCCUCCAACAAGGGUCCCUUGACGAUGGACACCGAGAUGGAUUCUCUGGAUAAUGCCUCUCGCAUCAAGCUGGAGAAGACACUUGGCUUGUCGGUUGACUUGGAGACCGCUCAAGCUCAGCAUGGCAUGCCCUGGAAGAACUCCAUCGACCCCAAGGUAGAAGACUCGGAGCUCCUGUACAUGCCUUUCUGGGAAUGGCAAAUGGAUUUCAUGAAAGAAAACCUUCAGGACCUCCGAGUUGUCUCUUGCAGCGAUGGCAAGACAGACUUUGGGUACAAGGAUAACAAAGACAAGAAGGCACGAAUUGUGAAUCUCUGUGCGUCUUCGGCUGAAUAUCGCAAGAUUCGCAUGACCUACUAUGAUGCUGGAGAUAAUACCCAAGUGUUCAACUCGGUAUGGUACCCCGACCCUAAGUACAACCUCCCUGUUCUUGGAAUUGACCUGUUGGCCUUCAACCGAAAGAAGUACUUGGCCAUUGUGGACUUUCAACCUCUCUACGAAGACGAAGAGGAACAUGCUUCCACCUUUGAGCACAUCCUCAAGCCCAUCAAGGAAAAGUACGACUCGCUCAAGGGACGCAUGAGCUCCAAGUUCUACGAUGAGACUCAGUUCUUCUCCCAAGAAAUGCUCUUUGCUCGCUUUGAUGACGAAGACAUUGUCAACAACGAUCUGGCACCGGCCUUUCAGGCUUAUGUGAAAGCCCACUUGGAAUUGGUCAAGAACACCGAACCCGCUCCCAAGGAUGCUUCCAAGGUGUUGGGUCGACAAAAGGCAUACGACACGUACUCUGCCGAGCGUGAUCCAGCUACUGGACUCUUUGCGGCAAUGUUUGGAGGAGAAUGGGCCGGUGACUUUGUCCACAACUUUUUGUUCAGCAUGAGCGAACGACCAAAAGAAGGCAGUGUCCCACAAGGCAUGCCAUUCAUGGGCGGUCCUCCCGGAAGGGGAGGACCCCCUGGUGCUGGUGGUCCUCCAGGGGCUGGCGGCCCUCCUGCCCAAGGCGCUCCCCAACAGCAACAAAAACAGCCGGAGGCCAAAGCGCCAGUGGAGGCACGACGACGAUAA